AGGCGUGCACCGAAGCAAACCCUCACUAAACCCUUAGGUUACUUUCAUACAACCACUGUUUAUAAGCUCAUCCGCACUUUUAGCCUACACACGGAGAUCUGACGUUCUUCGUUGGAAUUAGACUGUUGAUUCAACGUUGUUGGAGAGCUGGGUUUCAAUUCCUUGCAUUUUCUCCCGCAAGAUUGUGUUUGAACCUUUACUGUUCCCGAACCCACAAGUCUUGGAGCCAGAACGUAGGAGGGAAAGGACAAGAAAAGGGCUAUCUGAAACAUGCUCUCCUUGUUGUGCCUCAUGCUGUUUGUUCCACGUGUGUUCUCCUCAUCGACACCAGUGGCUGGAAUCUUCCCCCAGGACCCGGCGUUGCGGAUAGGCUCCAGCCUGACGGCCACGUGCACAGUGAGCCCCGAGCGGGGGCUGCAUGCCAACACUAUGUACUGGACCAUGAACGGGAAGAGACUCCCUAGUAGCACGUACGACCUGCUGAGCCCCAACUGCCUCAGUGUCACUCUGCACCACCUCAAUGGCUCCCAGCAACAGUCUGGGGACAACCUGGUGUGUCACAGCGGAGAUGGACAUGUCCUGGCUGGCUCCUGUCUCUACGUGGGCAUGCCCCCGGAGAAGCCGGUCAACCUAACCUGCUGGUCCCGAAACACAAAGGACCUGAGCUGCAAGUGGACCCCUGGGGGUCGGGGCGAAACCUUCAUCAAAACCAAAUACACCCUCAAGUACAAAUUGAGGUGGUACGGGCGAGAGAGGGAAUGUGAGGACUACAGCACGGGGCAACGCUACACGUGUUAUAUCCCCCGGGACUUGGCCCUCUUUACUCCCUACGAGAUCUGGGUGGAGGCGUCCAAUCAGCUGGGGACUGCCACCUCUGAUGUCAUCACUCUGGAUAUCCUGGAUGUGGUGACCACAGACCCUCCAGACAAUGUCCAUGUGAGUCGUGUGGGGGAGCUUGAGGACCAGCUGACAGUGCAUUGGGGCAGCCCCCCGGCACUCAAAGACUUCCUCUUCCAGGCCAAAUACCAGAUACGCUACCGACUGGAGGACAGCACUGAAUGGAAGGUGGUGGACGAUGUAGGUAACCAGACAUCGUGCCGGCUAGCGGGGCUUAGGGCAGGGACGGUGUACUUUGUCCAGGUGAGGUGCAACCCAGUGGGGAUCUACGGCUCCAGGAAGGCUGGGAUUUGGAGUGACUGGAGCCACCCUUCAGCUGCCUCCACACCCCACAGUGAGCGGCUGCAGAGUGGGUCAUGUGAGCCCAAGCCAGGCGAACAGAACUCCACCCUGCGACGGGAGCUCAAGCAGUUCUUUGGCUGGGUUCGCAAACACGCCUAUGGCUGCAGCGGCAUGUCAAUCAAACUCUACGACCAGUGGCGGGUGUGGCUGCAGAAAUCGCAUAAAACGCGCAACCAGGUAGGUAAGAAUAAUAUCCCCUUUAUUUCUGUUACAACUCAGUCAUGGUACAUAACUGUGAAGACUAUGCUAUGUACCACUGGGCUACUGUAGCUCCUUAUCACAACAACACCCUCUGUUGUCAAAGUAUUGAACUCUGCAUACACCCUGAUUUUCUGACCCUCUUUGUCCUGAUUUUAACUUUUGCGAUGUGUUCAGUGUUGUGGAAGCACACAGAACCAUCAUUGCCCUAGAACUUAGACUUUCUGAUGUCUUUGUCCGAUUUAUGCUCAGGUAUGUGUGCGGUUUCCACUUUAUCGGCACAGAGUACAGCUUAAUGUUGAUAUCCACUCAGUUUUCUGAGUCUUGCAAUGCCAUUUUAUUAUUUUAAUGGCACAGAUUUGAUUUUCAGUCGAUUACCACAACAAAGAGAAAUGAGCAUGUUAAUAUAAUUAACAACCACUUUAAUGUGUUGCUUUUGUGUUCUCUCUGUGACGUGAGGAGCUUGUUUCACAACAUUACUCACCCCAAAUGGCAGCCAGGAGGACUGAGCUCACCGCUAAGCCACAUCCUCUGUACGCCCCCUGAACCUAAUCGUUGGUUGUUAUGCUACUGAGGACAAGAGAACUGCCUGACACGUUUAGCUCACCUGAUUAGUGUGGCGUAUCCUGAAUAGUGUCUGUGUUUAACUGCUCUGAGAAAAAAAGGGCAGUUCAACUGGAUGUUACCAAUACAAUAUUCAACUUACAGCUCAGACACCCAUACAUACCCCACAAGACAUGCCACCAGGGGUCUCUUCACAGUCCAAUUCCAAAGAAAAUUCAAGGCAACUCUCAGUAUUAUACAUGAUCGCAUGGAACUCCCUUCUCCAGUUUUUAAGUAAACAGCAAAAUGACCUUAAGACAAAACAGAUGAAAACCUCUACGGGAUCGUUGUCCCCUCCGCGGGACGGUUGAGCUAAUGUAGGCUAAUGUGAUAAGCAUGAGGUUGUAAGUAACAACAACACAAAAUUCUCAUGACAGACAUAUCUGAUAUGGCAGAAAGCUUCAAUUCUUG